AUGAUCUAUUCGUCUGCAGAAGUCUUUACUUGGAACAAAGAUGAUAAUGGGAAAAUUGUUAUGAUCAUGUACGGUGGCGCUGGAACUCCACAACUCCACCCCUCCGACCAUGGCUUCCACCAAUUCUAUACCGAGGACACUCCACCUCCCCCACUCCUCUUGACCCUGAGACCUCCAUCUACGCCAAUAUCAGCGUCUACUGGUCCUUCGGCUACGCCAUCUAGCUAA